AUGUGUUUGAAUACACAGGAGACUGAUGUGCAAAAACUACAGGACAAACUGAAUAGUGGUCACAUAGAAGAAGUCAUUGUACAGGCUGAAAAUGAGCUUUCCCUGGCAAGAAAAAUGAUACAGUGGAAACCAUGGGAGCCUCUAGUUGAAGAACCUCCUUCUGACCAGUGGAGAUGGCCAAUAUAAUUUUCAAAAUGGUGUAACCUCUUGCAAGUCAAAAAAGGUUAAUUAUUAAUCCAUUGUUACUGACAGUUGUCUUUAAAUUAAAGAUGAUAACU